AUGUUCAAAUGCAGUGUUUUUGAUAUAUUAUUAUUGAUCUCUUCGCUUACCAAGUCGACUUCAUCUUCCCGUCUGUCAAAAAGAACAGGAGACACUACUGAUGUAUUAUCAUAUCAAAACGGACAGGGGCAAUGGGGAAAUAUAAAAUUGAACGAUGUCUACACGCUUUAUGUCAAUGCUUGGGGUGGGGAUAAGGCUACAUCUGAUAGUUUUCAAAAGGUUGCAAGUAAAGGUCUUAAAGGAAUUGAUGUUGCUUGGAGUACAACUUAUUCUUGGAAACCAAAGACAGAGAAUGAUAAGAACCAAGUAAAGUCUUACGCAAAUCUUGACUAUCGUCUUGCUAACCCUCCAAAGAUUGGUGCCAUCAAAAGUAUCCCAACAGCUUGGGAAUGGAGAUACGCUGAAAGAUCUCAAGAUCUCGUCGCUAAUGUGGCUUAUGAUAUCUGGACUUCAUCAGAUGCAAAAUGUGGAACGGCUCAACCCUGUAGUACCAAUGAGAUCAUGAUUUGGCUAUCUAAAGCAGGAGGAGCAGGUCCGAUUGGUACUAAAACCGAUAAAGUCUUUAGAUGGAACGGAUGUCAUCUUGAAGCAUAUCUUGGUGAUAUCAAAUAUCAAUCUAAUGGUCAAAAUGUAGAUUGGAGAGUGAUAAGUUUAGUGGCUACAAAAGAUUGUCAAAUCAUCAAGAAUGCUAAUCUUAAGGAAGUAUUUUCUUGGUUGAUAAAGGAAUUCCAAGUUAAAGAGUCUGAUUACUUGACUGCUAUUGGUGCUGGUAGUGAACCUUUCAAAGGUCAAGCUACACUUGAAACAACCAGGUACAAUGCCCAAAUCAAAGUUUAA